AUGAAGCUGGUUCAAACUCACGGCUCUAGAAACUGUCGCUCAAGCUCGGGCACAACGCAGGAUUUCCAUGACGCGACAGUUUCACCGGUGGUACCUCGGCCUGCGAAACCAGCGAUGUCGCGAUUGCCCACACCACUGCUUCUGAGAUCAUUGAUCCUAACUUCACUAAUGUCGUCGAAGCUCUUUCUGAGGCCAGCCUUGUACGUUUUGAACAAGGUUGCGAAUUCUCGAUCCGCCAUCCUCGACCCGGAUCGCAAUUACAUGCUCAACAAACUUCUUCGCUGGACGGUCUACGACCACUUUUGUGCAGGCACAAGCCGCGAAGAAGUAGCAAAAACAAUAGCACAUGUCAAAAGCAUUGGAUUUCAGGGGGUCAUAUUGGGCUAUUCAAAGGAAAUUGUUGUCGACCCCGACACCGAGGUAACGAAGAGCGAUGCCAAGUCUCCAAUCCACAGCGGUAGAGACGUGCGAGCAAUUCAAGAAUGGAAGGGCAGAACACUGGAGACCCUGCGGAUGGUUGGCUCGGGCGAUUUCCUCGCAGUGAAGUAUGUCGUACCGGGGUCCAAACAGUCUACUGGGUCACAAAUGCUGAUUAUUGAGGCUUUCGAUAGAUUGACAGGAGCAGGCCCAAUUGCCGUUGAUUUGAUGAAAGGACGUCAGCCAAUGCCCAAGCUGGUCGCUGAUGCAGUCGAUGAGAUUUGUCAAGAGGCACGGCAUCAGGGAUCGCGGCUUUGGCUCGAUGCCGAGCAGCAGGCUCUUCAGCAUGGUCUCGAUGAUUGGGCGAUUGAGAUCAUGCGCAAGCAAAAUUGGUCCAGUACUCCCCUGGUGUACAACACUAUCCAGGCCUACCUCAAAGGAUCAUCGGCAAAUCUCGAUCGCCAUCUCACAUUCGCCGCCAGAGAAGGAUGGUCUUUGGGAAUCAAGCUCGUUCGAGGAGCAUACAUCGAGCAUGAGACACGAUCCCUCAUCCACAAUUGCAAGACUGACACUGAUCGCUCUUACGAUCUCCUCGCAAAUCGUAUGUUGUGCCGGAUUAUGUCUACAAAUAACGAAGGUCUCAAAUUCCCCGAGGCUGCACUCUUUCUGGCAACACAUAAUGCGGCUAGUGCUUUCAAAGCCAUUGCGACCCACAAAGCCCGUCUGGCAUCUGGCCAACCUACUGUAUUGCUCGAAUGCGGGCAAAUCCAGGGCAUGGCUGAUGAGCUUGGCUGUGAGCUGGUGCAGAGCUAUGAAAGUGUGCUCAUGAAUGUAGGAGGGGGGCGUGUCCCCAAUCCCAAGACUUUCAAAUGCAUGGCUUGGGGCUCGGUGAGUGAGUGCUUGCAAUAUCUGCACCGACGAGCUAUUGAGAAUAAGGGAGCCGUGGAGAGAACGGAGCAUAUGGUCAAGGCAUUACGCCGCGAACUGCGAAGGAGAGUGAUUGGCUUUUGA